UUGUACCAUGUGACCAACCGACUGGAGUUUCCACGACAGCUGGAAGCUGUGAGGUCUCGGCGCUUCGCUCUUUAAAAAAAAAAAAAAAAAAAUCUAAAUUGUGUUCAUAUUUCAGUAGAGACGAGUUUCGGAAGGAUGGGAGACAAAAAGAGUCCGACAAGGCCGAAGCGGCAACCCAGGCCCUCUUCUGACGAAGGGUAUUGGGACUGUAGCGUUUGCACAUUUAGGAACAGCGCAGAGGCAUUCAAGUGCAUGAUGUGCGAUGUCAGAAAGGGAACGUCAACACGGAAGCCGCGUCCGGUCUCCCAGCAGGUAACUCAGCAGUUCGCCUCGCCCACGCAACCAAAGAAAGAGAAAAAAGACAAAACGGACAAAGAGAAGAACGACAAGGAGCCCGCCAUCAAAAAGAACAGCCACAAGAAGAUGAGGCCGAGGUUGAGGAAUGUGGACCGCAGUAGCGCUCAGCACCUGGAGGUCACGGUGGGCGACCUCACGGUCAUAAUCACGGACUUUAAAGAGAAAGCCAAGGCCACGCCCACGUCGAGCGCCACGUCCGCGGACCAGCACAGCCAGAGCGGGUCCAGCUCCGACAACACGGAGCGGGGGGUGUCCCGGUCGUCCUCCCCCCGGGGGGAGGGCUCGUCAGUCAACGGGGAGUCCCACUAGAGCCCCGCCCCCGGCCCCGGCCCAAACCCUCCCUCAACCCUGCAAAAUCGUCAUUGCUGAACAUGCACAAGUCGUAGAGCAGUGGUCUCCAACCCUGGUCCUGGAGAGCCGCAGGGUCUGCUGGUUGUUGUUCUCACCUUAGAAUCAGCACCCCGUUGAGACCCAGGUAACCAGUUGAGGUGAGUUAACUGAGCAAUCAACUGAUUAAUUAAGUGCAGACUAACAGCGAAAACCAGCAGACCCUGUAGCCCCCCCAUGGCCAGGGUUGGAGACCGUUGUCGUAGAACCUUAUGCCAAGUUAUACCACGGGUCCCGUUUCGGGGGCUGAGGUAGCCGAGGUGGAAGAUCCAGGUUCGGAAAGUAAAAGUCCUCCCCAGUAUUUUGUUCUAAAAUCCACCUGGAUUUGCUCAUUAGCACAACUCGUCAGCCAGGAGGUAGAACUAACUGGAGGAAUCAGCUGGCUGUGGUCAUGGGUGGAGGAAACGCGCACGGCAGGACUUCUGCUUUCUGACCGCUGGGCAUUCCGCUUCCGGAGGUAACCACCACGUCUAUUCCCGUCACACACAGACCUCGUGGUCUUCCAUAAUGUUCUCUGUACCUGGACAUUUCUUUUUCUCCCGCGGUGAGAAUUGUUAGCCAUGAAGAUCAUUUUUUUAAGUCAAUAUUGUAAAAAUGUUUUCCCCCCUUUUCUCCGCCCUUGAUUACAUCCACACAAAAAAAAAGAGAAAAAAAAAUUGUAAUUUCCCCCCCCAAAUGGUACUGACUGUACUCUAUAGCACCAUUUGAAUGUGGUAGUAUUCGACAUUAAUUAAAUCAGUGUUAUAUUGUCAAUAAACGCAACCCCAUGCAUUUCUAACCCUUUCAAAUAUGAACUAUAUUGUGGCAUGAAAUGGACCAGAGUUUUAAACGAGUGUUUAAGUUGAAAUAUGCAUUACAGGAGAACACGUGAAGCGGAUCUCUCUCUGUGUACAAUGACAUGAUGAAUUGAACUGUGAUAUCGACAGAGCUUUUCUCCCUGGCUCACCACACCUGCUGGUACUUGGUGUGGUUUCAUGAGAAAAUAUUCUUUAAUGGAAAAGUUUGUAUUAUGUUUUUGCCAACGGUUUACAGCACGUUAUUAUAGAUCAUAUCACUGUUAUGUUUCUCGAUAUACCAAGCCGUGCUGUUAUUUGUGUAUGAGCAUCUACAUUAAUUACAUUGUUUUACUGUCAGAAAAAGUUUAUUAGUAAAAGAAUGAAAUUAUGAAAUUGUUGUUAAGAGGUCAGACGCUCUUCAUUCAUUUUAUAGAUGCUAGCUUAUCAUGAACAGUGGUUUAUAAUAUAGGAAAUGAUCACAAAAUAAAAAUUAAAGUUAUAGACUCCUUCAUAAAA